AUGAUCACAGUACCGAGGCACUUAAAAACGAGUCCCAUGAAGCACCAGCCACAAAGGGCGUUCGGCUUCCGCGUCCUCCGCGCCAUGCCGUCCGCCGCGGAGACUCUCGAGAUGCGCGGAAAAUUCUUUCUGAUGGAGCGCAGCAACGGGCUAGCCCCCUCCUCCACUGACUGGGAGAGCUUCGGUGUGGUGAAGAGGCUCGGGGCACGGAGCGUGACGGUGGCUGUGUCGCCCCACCUGCUGCCGUGGCUCUCCGCCAGCGCCGCUGCCAGCCUGCGGCAUGGCUCCUGUGCCACCCUGCUCGACUACCACUCCACGCAAACCAAGUUUCAAGGCACCAAGCAUUUGGACAGCAUUGUGGAUGAGUAUGGAAGGACUGUGCUGCACGUUGCUGCUCGCGACGGGGAUGAACUUGUGGUGCAGGCGCUAUUGGGGUUGGGUAUGCCUGUUAGCGUGCGCUGCAACAACCGCAGCACACCCAUGCACCGAGCAGCGUGGGGGGGGACACGUGGCGUGCAUGGAACUGUUGAAACGCUACGGAGCCGACAUCCUUGCUUGCACAAAAGAAUGCUGGACCCCGCUGCACAACGCAGCGAGGCAGGGCAAGUGGAAGGCAGUGGAGUGGCUGGCGCAGCAGGGGAUAGACCCCCAGCAGGUGGAGACCAACCCCUCGCCAGGGGUGCUCCCUGA